AUGGGGGAAGCGGCGGGGCUGGCCGGGGCACGAUUUCUGAGCCUUCGCGGGUCUGUGCGCGCCCAUAACGGGGAUCGUACAGCCAGGGAGACCUGCAAGGCUGGCUUCUCCGAAGAAGGUUACACGGCAUUGAUCUCCCAGAAUAUUCCAGAAGGAGAGAAAGUCCUCAAAGUCACGUUCAGCAGCUGCUUGGGGACCACGGGGACGCAAUAUGAGACCGACAGCACGGACUUCAAAGUCGGGGCAGACGGGACGGUCUUUGCCACCCGCGAGCUGCAGAUCCCCUCCGAGGAGGUGGCCUUCACCGUGACCGCGUGGGACCGCCAGACCGCCAAGCGAUGGGACACCAUGGUGCGGCUGUUGGUGGCCCAGACCUCGUCCACACUCUCUGGACACGAGGUGGGGCCACAGACGGGGAGGAAGGCUGCCGAGCUGGACCCCGCCCUGCCCCCGAGCGACGCGCUGCCAACGGGGCCGCGGCACCAGCUCACCCACGGGCUGAGGCGGCAGAAGCGAGACUGGGUCAUCCCGCCCAUCAACGUGCCAGAGAACUCCCGCGGGCCCUUCCCCCAACAGCUCGUGAGGAUCCGCUCGGACAAAGACAACGACAUCCCCAUCCGCUACAGCGUCACGGGCGUGGGCGCGGACCAGCCGCCCAUGGAGGUCUUCAGCAUCGACUCCAUGUCCGGCCGCAUGUACGUGACGCGGCCCAUGGACCGCGAGGAGCGAGCCUCCUACCACCUCAGAGCCCACGCCGUGGACAUGAACGGCAACAAGGUGGAGAACCCCAUCGACCUGUACAUCUACGUCAUCGACAUGAACGACAACCGGCCGGAGUUCCUCAGCCAGGUCUACAACGGCUCCGUGGACGAGGGCUCCAAGCCAGGGACCCUAGUGGGGGGAGGGACUGCUGUGGAUGCAGAUGCCUUUGGGGCGAUGAACGGGGUGGUGCAGUACCGCAUCGUGGCCCAGAGCCCGCAGAGCCCCUCCCAGAGCAUGUUCGCCAUCCACAGCGAGACGGGGGACAUCGUGACGCUGGCCGCCGGCCUGGACCGAGAGAAAGUUCAGCAGUACACGGUCAUCGUUCAGGCCACAGACAUGGAGGGGAACCUGAACUACGGCCUCUCGAAUACAGCCACAGCUAUCGUCACGGUGACAGACGUGAACGACAACCCGCCAGAAUUCACCGCGAGCACGUACGCGGGGGAAGUCCCCGAAAACCGGGUGGGGACGGUGGUCGCGAACCUCACCGUGAUGGACCGUGAUCAGCCCCACUCGCCAAACUGGAACGCCGCCUACCGCGUCAUCAGUGGGGACCCCUCGGGGCACUUCAGCAUCCGCACGGACCCUGUCACCAACGAGGGCAUGGUCACCGUGGUGAAGGCAGUCGACUACGAGCUGAACAGGGCGUUCAUGCUGACCGUGAUGGUGUCCAACCAGGCGCCCCUGGCCAGCGGGAUCCAGAUGUCCUUCCAGUCCACGGCAGGGGUGACCAUCUCGGUCAUGGACGUCAACGAGGCCCCCUACUUCCCUUCAAACCACAAGCUGAUCCGCCUGGAGGAGGGCGUGCCAGCCGGCACGGUGCUGACCACCUUCUCGGCCGUGGACCCCGACCGCUUCAUGCAGCAGGCCGUGAGAUACUCAAAGCUGUCAGACCCGGCAAACUGGCUACACAUCAACGCCAGCAACGGCCAGGUCACCACAGCGGCCGCCCUGGACCGCGAGUCGCUCUACAUCAGAAACAACGUCUACGAGGCCACCUUCCUGGCGGCUGACAACGGGGCCCCCCCGGCCAGCGGCACCGGGACCCUCCAGAUCUAUCUCAUCGACAUCAACGACAACGCCCCCGAGCUGCUGCCCAAGGAGGCGCAGAUCUGCGAGAGGCCAAGUCUGGACGCCGUCAACAUCACGGCGGCCGACGCGGACGCCGACCCCAACGUCGGCCCCUACGUCUUCGAGCUGCCCGCCGCCCCGGCCGCCGUGCGGAGGAACUGGACCAUCACCCGCCUAAACGGUGACUACGCCCAGCUCAGCUUGCGCAUCCUGUACCUGGAGGCCGGGGUGUACGACGUCCCCAUCAUCGUCACAGACUCUGGGAACCCCCCCCUGUCCAAUACGUCCAUCAUCAAAGUCAAGGUGUGCCCCUGUGACGAGAACGGAGACUGCACCACGGCUGGCGCAGUGGCAGCGGCCGGCCUGGGCACGGGCGCCAUCGUGGCCAUCCUCAUCUGCAUCGUGAUCCUGCUGAGUGAGUACGACAGGUGCCGAGGGCGUCUCGGUGCGAGCACUCGUCCGGGGGGGCCAGGGGGCGGAAGUGCCCAGGACUAUGACCUCAGCCAGCUGCAGCAGCCAGAGGCCAUGGAGCACGUGCUGAGCAAGGCAGCCGGGGUGCGGCGGGUGGACGAGCGGCCCGUGGGCGCCGAGCCCCAGUUCCCGGCCCGACCUGUGGGGCCCCACCCAGGGGACAUCGGUGACUUCAUCAGCGAGGGACUGCGGGCAGCCGACAACGACCCCACGGCGCCCCCCUACGACUCGCUGCUGGUCUUCGACUACGAGGGCAGCGGCUCCACCGCGGGCUCCGUCAGCUCCCUGAACUCCUCCAGCUCGGGGUCCGGAGACCAUGACUACGACUACCUGAACGACUGGGGGCCCCGGUUCCGGAAGCUGGCGGACAUGUACGGGGGUGGUGAGGACUGA